GAAAAUUUUAUUUUAAGUUAAAGAUCGUUAACUUCAUCCAGUAGUAGUAAUAUUUCUAAUAUGAACAACCAAGUGGAGCUUAAUGAGGAUGAGUUCGGGCUUUACAUCGACAAAACGACAGGGGAUUCCAAGUCUGUUAGACGAUUUACCUGGAGCAACAAAAAUAAUAUGGAGGUGCAAGUUAUUACGUAUGGGGCAACCAUAACUAGCAUCAAAGUACCGGAUAGUAAAGGUUUAGUGGAGGAUAUUGCUUUUGGUUUUACGUUUCUGGAGGAUUAUAUGGCUCCAAAAAAUCGAUAUUUCGGCGCUACAGUGGGUAGAAAUGCAAAUAGGAUAAAAAACGCCCAAAUUAAUAAUGACGAUACCACCAACGAGGGUCAGCUCCAUGGAGGAUUUAAAGGCUUUGACAAGGUUAACUGGGAUUAUCAACGAGACGGCACGAAAGUUAUAAUGAGUCAUUAUUUCCCUCACGUAGAUGAAGGUUAUCCAGAAGAUUUAAUUGUUAGCGUUACCUUUGAACUGACUAAUAAUAACGAUUUUAAGGUCGAUUUAAAAGCCUUUACCACCAAACCAACGUUGGUUAAUUUAACAAACCUCUCCUACUUUAAUCUUGCUGGUCAUGGUAAAGGAGCUGAAGAGCUUUACAAGCAUAUUGUUUGUAUUAAUGCUGAUCAAAUCACCGACGUGGAUGAAAGUUCUAAUAUUACAGGUAAUCUUCUUCCGGUGUCAGGCACACCUUUUGACCAACGUAAUCCCACUGUUUUGGGAGAGCGCAUUAACAACAUCCCGGGUAAUUUGGGCUACGACCACAAUUUCUGCGUAACCAAAGGCACUGACAGUGGGAACAAUUUUAUUGCAAGAGUGGUCCAUCCGCCAUCCGGAAGGGUUAUGGAAUUGUACAGUAACCAACCCGGUGUUCAAUUCUACACAUCAAACAGUUUACCCGAGCAGGGUAAAUGCGAUACUUUAGCUUUGGUGAAUGGAAAAGAGGUUGCCAACGCUGUACACAAAAUAUUUAACAAAUCCAAUAGUACUACAACUGCUUCGAAAAUGGACACACCGUGCGAGAAAAACACCGAUUGCAACCCGGUGCGGCUUGAGGAAGAUCAGUUCGGACUUUACACGGACAAAACCGGAAAAUCAACUUCCGUUAGGCGGUUCACAUGGAAAAACAAAAACAAUGUGGAGGUGCAAGUGAUUACUUAUGGCGCGACCAUAACCAGCAUCAGAGUCUCGGAUAAUAAAGGUUUAGUCGAAGAUAUCGUCUUAGGUUUUCCAUCGAUGGAAGGUUACACGGCUCCAACGAAUCCAUAUUUCGGCGCCACAGUGGGCAGAAACGCCAACAGAAUCGGAAAUGCCAAGAUUAUCAUCGACGGCAAGACUUACAGCGUUACGGCGAACUCGGGUAAACAUCAGCUACAUGGAGGAUUUAAGGGCUUCGACAAGGUCAACUGGGAUUAUCACAGAGACGGCACGAAAGUUGUAAUGAGUCAUUAUUCCCCUGACAAAGAUGAAGGCUAUCCAGGCGAUCUUAUUGCUAACGUUACUUUUGAAUUGACGAAUAAUAACGACUUUUUUGUCGAUUUUAAAGCCUACACCUCCAAACCAACUUUGGUUAACUUAACAAAUCAUUCGUACUUUAAUCUGGCUGGUCAUGAUAAAGGAGCAGAAGAGCUCUACAAGCACGUGGUUUGCAUUAAUGCCGACCAAACUACCCCUGUAGACGACAAUUUAAUUCCUUCAGGUAAACUUCAACCGGUGUCCGGUACGGUUUUCGAUCUACGCGUACCGACCGUUUUGGGCGAGCGCAUCAACAAAAUCCCAGGCUAUUCGGGCUUCGACCACAAUUUCUGCAUAACCAAAGGCUCCGACCAGGGCAACACCUACUUCGCCAGAGUGGUUUACCCGCCGUCCGGAAGGGUUUUGGAAUUGUACAGCAACCAACCUGGUGUGCAAUUCUACACUUCAAACUUUCUACCCGAAGAGGGCGAUUCCAAGGACUUUGUUGAAGGGAAAGGGGGCAAACUUUACUGGAAGCACGGAGGGUUUUGUUUGGAAACGCAGAAUUAUCCCGAUGCCGUUAAUCACGUAAACUUUCCACCUGCAAUUUUGUACCCCGGGGAAACCUAUCAUCACACUGUUGUGUAUAAGUUUUCAUCUAUGAGCUAAAUACUAUUAUGUCAAUAAAUUAACCAGACUAAACAAGAUUGUUUUACUUAAAAAGUACUUACACAAACAGGUUGAAGGGUGGACACGUCGCCAUGGGAUUCUUGCAUAGCGAGUGCUGAUUGGCCAGGUAUUCGGUGAUGAUCGAGUCCAACGUCACCGGUCGGGUGGUUUCCGGGUGGGUGACGUCAUCCAACAUGGGCAGCAUGGCCAAUCGGUGCGGCUCGCUGCUGAUUUGUUUUUGGAGGCGCGAGUUUUGCACCGGCGUCGAAGGGAGCGUAUGAGUUUGGGAUUUUCUAGAGAAAACAAAGUUAACAAUGUAAUUUUUUGGGUGAGGUUUUUUUUAAUUCUUACUUAAUUAUUUUGAUCGCAGAAGAGUUUGAGGUGGUGCCGUUAACUGUAGGAAUACUUUCUCCCGAACUACCGCUAGCGUUGCUAACGGAGGAACCACUUUUGGGGCAAGGAGAUGAAAAUGACAGGCGGCUCUGUAAAAAACAGCAGAUUAAAUCACAUUGCCAACUUAAUAAAACCAAAUAAACUUACACGUGUUGGUGUUAACGUGGAAGAGUAUCUAAAUCUAGUUGGGUGGUGGGAACUUGACGCUAUCACUGAUUGGCUUAGGUUGGCUUCUUUCACUAAAGUCGAAGCGGUAUCGCCGUAACCUUUGGCCACUAAAUGCUGAUGGAUCAGUUGCAACAACUGUUUGUCCAUGAAUUGGAUUUUUGUUUGGGCCACUACAUUCG